CAUCUAGCGGUUCACAGUGGUGGGUGGUGAGAUGAUAUUGUAAAUCUGUUUAGUCAUCCAUUUUUUAGUGUGAAGUACUAGUAGAACUAGAAAUUGUUGUGAUAUAGAUAUACGGAAAUUAGGUGUUCUGCAAGUGCAAUCAUGAAGAAAGUGUUAGUUUUAACAUGUAUAUGUUUAAUUCAAAUAUCACACUCGGCUUUUCCGAAUUUUUACCCAAAAAUAGCUGUAGAGCCGAUCACAGACGAUCCUGGGGUUCCCCUGCUACUCACACCUCUUAUAGAACAGAACAAAAUAACCGAAGCUGUGGCAGCUUCCAAGGUAUAUUUCAACGGAUUUAAGAAGAUUGAAAGCUACUCCGGUUAUUUUACUGUUGAUAAAACCUUCGGCUCAAAUUUAUUUUUCUGGUUCUUCCCCGCUGCAACUAAUUACGAAAACGCCCCUGUCGUGUUAUGGCUUCAAGGUGGACCAGGAGCAUCUUCGCUGAUCGGGCUUUUUACAGAAAAUGGCCCUUUCAAAGCCAAAUCUAAGAAAGGAUUGAAACUCAGACCCUAUUCCUGGAGUACUACUCAUUCUAUGAUAUAUAUUGAUAGCCCAGCUGGUACUGGAUAUAGUUUCACUAACGGAGGAUUCGCUCAAAAUGAAACUAAGGUUGGGCAAGAUCUGUACAGUGCCCUUACUCAGUUUUUCACAAUGUUUCCUAAUCUUCAGAAAAACGAUUUUUAUGUUACUGGAGAGUCUUAUGGAGGAAAGUAUGUUCCAGCUAUUUCAUAUACUAUUCAUAAAAAUAAUCCGGAUGCCAAGUUGAAAAUAAAUCUAAAGGGACUGGCUAUAGGAAAUGGUUUGAUCAAUCCAGAAUUCCAGUUAAAUUAUGGAGAUUAUUUAUAUCAAUUAGGAAUGGUUGAUUUGAAUGGCCAGCAAGUUUUUAAGCAAGCGGAACAAGAAGCUGUCAAAUACAUCCAAAACAAACAGUUCGAUAAAGCACAGGAGGUCUUCCAUAAACUUUUAGAUGAUGAUUUCGACAACCAUUCAUCGACAUUCACAAAUAUCACAGGUUUCACCAACUACUACAACUAUCUGUACCCUAUUGACCCCAACAAUGUAGAAAUAGAAGAAGCCGUCAGAUAUCUUCAGAGAGAUGACGUACGCGCUGUUAUCCACGUCGGCAACACAUCAUUUGGUGCUGUGUCGUCUGAAGUCGAAAAUAACUUGAAGAACGACAUCAUGCAAAGCAUAACUCCCUGGCUUACCGAGCUUCUCAACAAUUACAGAGUUCUGCUCUACAAUGGUCAAUUAGAUAUCAUUGUCGCCUAUCCUCUAACAGAGAACUUCCUGAAGAACCUCGAUUUUAACGGUGCAGACCAGUACAAGACAGCGCAAAGGUAUCCUUGGUACGUCGGUACUGAUCUUGCUGGGUAUGUUAAGCAAGCUGGGAAUUUGACUGAAGUACUGGUGCGAGACGCUGGUCAUAUGGUUCCAGCGGAUCAACCUCAAUGGGCUUUUGAUCUUAUCAAUCGGUUCACCAGCAAUAAACCUUUCCAUAGAACAUAAUCAUACUCCAUGUAACCAUUCUCGAACUAUUAUUUUUAGUUCAUUAUUAUCUUCUUACUCGAUUAUAUAGUUUUAGUAGCUCAGUAGAACUUUAGUAAAGUCUGGGAUAUUUUAGGUUUGGUUCAUUAUUAUCUUCUUACUCGAUUAUACUGUUUUAGUAGCUCAGUAGGACUUUCGUAAAGUCUGGGAUAUUUUAGGGGACUUGAGGGUAUUUUUGAUCAUUCACCUAUUACCAAGUCUUUAUCUAAUUAUCUUAAAUGUUGUUUUUUAUAUUAAUGAUGUGCUAAAAUAAUUUCAUAUAAAUGUUUCGUAAUUUUUACUGACAAUAUCUCACAAUAAGAUCAAUGCGGAUGUCUACAGCUACAGACUUGCGUCAGUGUGAGCUACACAGAUUAUAAACAGAUCAGGUUUGAAUGAUUGGAAAAAAUUUGAAAAUAUUGAAUUUUUCUGAUAUUAUUAACUGAAAGACAGUGAAAUACCCAUUUGAUAUUUUAUUAAGGAAAUAAUUAAUUUUGUUUAGAAAUAGGUACAUUAAGUAAAUAAAGAUUAAGUUACUUUUG